UCCCCAAAAUGGCGAACGUAGCUGCUGCCGCUGCUGCUGCGGCUGCCGCCGCCGCCGCUGCCGCCGCGAAUAGAGAUCCAGCCGUUGACCGUUCGUUACGAUCCGUGUUUGUGGGGAACAUUCCGUAUGAAGCGACAGAGGAACAGCUGAAAGACAUCUUUUCUGAAGUCGGACUAGUUGUCAGCUUCAGGUUAGUAUACGACAGGGAGACAGGAAAGCCAAAGGGAUAUGGCUUCUGUGAAUAUCAAGAUCAGGAGACGGCUCUCAGUGCCAUGCGGAACCUGAAUGGGAGAGAGUUCAGCGGUCGGGCUCUCCGUGUAGACAAUGCAGCCAGUGAGAAAAACAAGGAAGAGCUCAAAAGUUUGGGAACUGGAGCUCCCAUUAUUGAGUCUCCUUAUGGAGAUAGUGUCCAGCCAGAGGAGGCCCCAGAGUCCAUCAGCAGAGCUGUGGCCAGUCUACCACCAGAGCAGAUGUUUGAACUUAUGAAACAGAUGAAGCUGUGUGUGCAGAACAGUCCCCAGGAGGCGAGGAACAUGCUGCUGCAGAACCCUCAGCUGGCUUAUGCUCUGUUGCAGGCCCAAGUGGUCAUGCGGAUUGUUGACCCUGAGAUAGCCUUGAAAAUGCUCCACCGUCAGACAGCAGUCCAGCCUCUGAUUCCCAGCGGACAAGGUGGAGGAGCAGCCCCAGUCAACCCGCCUCCAGCACAGCCCAGUGUGCCAGUGUCUCAGCCGCAGCCCGUGCCGGGGAUGCAUGUCAACGGAGCCCCUCAAAUGAUGCAACCUCCCAACAUGGGUGUUGUCCCUGGACCAAUGCCUGGGCCGGGACCGGGCCCAGGACCAGUCGGACCUCCAGGACCAGGCGGUAUCCCCCCCAGAGGCCUGCUAGGAGAUGGUCCUAAUGAUCCCAGAGGGGGAACUCUGCUGUCUGUAACUGGAGAGGUCAUAGACCCCAACCGGGGCUACAUGCCAGCUCCACCACCCCACCAAGCCCCACCUGUGCACAUGUCCCAAAUGGGAAGUGGACCCCCUCCGGAUAUGAGAGGACCUCCAAUGGAUAUGAGAGGCCCACCCAUGGGUGAAUCACGAAACAUGAUGGGUGACCCCAGGGGACCCCCGAUGAUGGAGCCAAGGGGACCUCCGAUGGAAACCAGAGGUCGUGACCCGAGGGCGAUGGACGCUCGUGGCCCAGUGACGGCUCAGAGAGUUCCCAUGGCAGGCGCAAUGCAAGGCCCUGUUCCUCACAGCAUGGGUCCAAACGCUCCUCCACCUGCAAGACCGGGUCCUGGUAUUUCUGGUGUUCCUCCUUCAGGAGGUGGCUUCAGUCCCGGGCAGAGUCAGGUCUCCACACAGGACCAGGAGAAGGCUGCCCUGAUCAUGCAAGUCCUGCAGCUGACCCCAGAACAGAUCGCCAUGUUGCCCCCGGAACAGCGGCAGAGCAUCCUCAUCCUCAAAGAGCAGAUUCAGAAGACCGCAGGAGGAGCACCCUGAUGGCCCGAUGGAGUAAGAAUCUCAAAAAGGCAGAGGUGGAGUUUUUUUCUUUUUCCAUCAUGUCACACAGAUUUCCAGACUCAGAUUUAGAAAUACAUUCUUGCAUUGUCAUGGAGCAACUUUAUAAUUUCUGUCUACCUUCCUUGUUUAUUAAUUUUUUCAUGAAACAUAUCGGGACUCCACCCUGACCCUGUCACCUUCAGCUUCAACGUGUCUGAAGACGCCUCAGCUUAGUUGGGAACUUUGUAUAGUUUUUCUUAAAAGUCCUAUUGUCUGGUGUUUGUGGACUGAUAAAUAAGCAAAACCUUUAUUGAGAGGUUGACCUUUAUUAUCAACCUCUCAAUAAAGGUGAACAGAGCUAAAAUUACCAUGAGGUUUCAUUCUUUUCCUUCAAAGUCAACUGUUUUUAUGUUCUUUCAUCUGGAAACUGCUUUUCUGGAUAUUGUUUUGU